AUGCUCUUCAUUCUCCUCCACAUCAUCUUCUCCCCCCACCACCUUCGUCUUCGGGCAAUCUUAUCUCUACGACCAAAACCCGCCGCAAUAAAGACAACUCAGCUAAAAAUCUAUUCCCCAUUCAGACCGACUUCGACCUCUAGGAGGGAGCAGCCGGUGUGUACCCCACCAUCACCUCACAGAGCUUCCCUCCCCGCGCUUCACACUUAUAAUCGCUAACGAAGGAGACUAGCCUGUUUGUUCCUAUCGACGCUUGCAGUAGGGAGAUUACCUGGUACUGCUGGGUGCCUAAGGAUUAUGAUGCGGGGAAUUUGGACCAUGCGCGGAAUUAUGUCACCACGGGCGUCUUGGGGAGGAUAUUGAGGGAUUACUUCGGGUUUGAAGUGCAAUUUGUGCAGAAUGUCACAGAUGUUGACGACAAGGUAGGGUUUUUCUUGCUUUCUGGAGCAGGGUAGGGUGAAGUGGCUGAACGAGUUGCUAAUUUGGCGCGCGAAUACAGACUAUCCUGUGAGCUCGUCAGCAGCAUCUGCUUGAGGAAUUUAUCUCUCAGGAUCCAUCUAUUACACCGGAAGUUAUAUCUACUGUAUCUGUAGCUUGGACGGCUUCCCUGUAGAAGAAUACAGCAGCCGGUGACGAUGUUACUCCCGAGGAUUUUGAGAAUUGGGCCCACUCAUGCUAAAAAAGAGAUUAUGAGUCUUGUUUUCAAAGAGCGAGAGCGGAAGUGCAGCCCCUCUGCUAAGCCUGAGGAAGAGGAGAAGGUGAUCCUGGAUGAAAGGUCUACAAAGUCUAAGAUGCAUGUCUCAACUCUGCAUGCUGUCUCAUUCCUCUUACAAAAGACCACGGAAGACUUGAGAGAUUUCCGGAGUGCUACAUCUUCGAUCCUACUCCCUUACCUGGACUCAGCAAAUCAAGGUAGAGAAUACUCUCCUGAGGUAUUUAGCAAUCUUACCAGUUUCUGGGAGAACCAUUUCAAUGAAGACAUGGCAACCCUCAAUGUUCUCCCUCCUACAAUGGUUACUCACGUGAGUGAGUUCAUUCCCGAGAACGUGGCAUUUGAAAAGAAGCUCGUCGAUAAGGGGUUUGCAUAUCCUAGAGCAGAGGGGUCAGUCUACUUUGAUAUAGCAGCAUAUGAAGCUGCUGGCCAUCAUUACGCCAAACUCCAGCCAUGGAAUAAAGGCAAUGAGAUCUUGAUUGUAGAUGAUGAGGGUGCUUUGGCAUCCGACAAAACCACAACCCUACCAAAUACUGUUGAAACAGGAGCGGAAGGCAAGCCAAAACCACUAGCCAGUAAGAAGAAACCCCAAGAUUUCGCUCUAUGGAAGGCAUUUAAGGCAGAGAAGCCAGGAGAACCAAGCCAGGACAGUCCGCGGCGCAAGGGACGACCCGGAUGGCAUAUCGAGUGCGCGGUCAUGGGCUCGGAAGUCUUGGAUGGUCGAAUUAAUAUUCAUUCCGGAGGGAUUGAGUGACCUUGUGUUCCUGCAUCAUGAUAAUGGGAUUGCCCAGGGUGAGGCGUACUGGGAUGGGUGUGUUCUCUCUAAAACAUCUAGUUCAUGGGAACCCGAUAGUGCUGACCAUGGGGGGUGCUGCGACAUUCCCAAAAACGCUGACGGAAGGCACCAAUGGAUCAAUUACUUCCUCCACAUGGGCCACCUAUCAAUCCACGGUAGUAAAAUGUCUAAGCGUUUAAAGAACUUUUUU